AUGAAAGGAAAACCGCAAGAAGAAAUAUGCACUGUUAUCCAAGCAAAAGAAGUUCAACAGGAACCUUACGAUGAUCACACCAAGGUUGAGUUGGUUGAACCACCCAGUUCUGCUUCUGUUGGAGAACGAAUUACAUCCCCAGGGCUUGUCAAGUAUAUACCACUUGAUGAAAUGCAUAACCGAAAAGUCUGUGUUCUUUGCAACUUAAAACCAGCAAGCAUGAGGGGCAUUAAAUCCCAAGCAAUGGUUCUUGCUGCUAACAAGGAUGAUCCUACAAGCUCACUCUUGUUUGCUGGUGAUGAUGAGGAGAGGUAUCGAGGAUGUGAGUCGUUAGUCUUGUCAUGCCCCAGCUGCUCUACUACAUUUGACUGCCCACCCAUGUUUAAAACAAUGUGUAUAUUGGGAAAUGAAAAGCCAGACAGCUUAGGUGCGGAUGAAUCUGACUAUAAUUUCUGGCACAAGCUGGGCUGUCCGAAAUGCUUUGAAAAUGGUGUUGGUAGAAUAUCUCCUGCAAUGAUAGCCAAUCAGGUCAAGCGGCAAGCAGAGAAGUUUGUUUUAAUGUAUUAUAGAGGUUUACUAACGUGUGAUGAUGAAACAUAUGAAGGGUUCCCAAGGGUAAGUUUGGAUGCAUUGGUGGGGGUAUUUACCCGUCUUGGCCGAGAUGUAGAGAAAAUUGGUAUAGCUGACAGCUAUCCAUUGGCUGAAAGAGCUGCUUCUGUUACUGAAGAAGCAAAGCCACUACUUACGAAGAUGAAAGUCGUGGCUGAAGAUCUUCAACCUUUGCUGGCUGAUGUCCGCGAUAGUGGUCUGUUGAAGGAAGUUGAGAAUUUAACUCGAAGCCUUACACAAGCUUCUGAUGAUUUGAGAAGGGCAUAUUCAUCAAUUAUGACCCCUGAGGACACCGAACUGAUCCAAAAGUCCAUAUACACUCUCAUAUUCACCCUGAAAAACAGUGAGAAUGUUAGCUCUGAUAUUUUGGGCUUCACCGGUGAUGAAGCUACAAGAAAGAAUUUGAAGCUACUAAUUAAGUCUCUCAGCAGGUUAUUAUGA